AUGUUUCUUGCACUCUCUUCUAUUGUAACUCUCUUUCUUUUGGCUUCUAAUGAAGCAGUGCUAGCACAUACUCACUACUCUCAUACUCAUCAUUAUCAUCGUCAUUAUCAUCAUCAUCAUCGUCGUAACCAUCAUGCUCAUGAUCAUGAUCAUGAUCAUUCUCAUCACAGUCAAAAACAAUUCCAUGAUAAGGCAGCUCCUUCUCAGAGGAUAAUCACUGUUGAUCAAUCUGGUAAUGCAGACUUCUCCAAGAUACAAUCUGCCAUUGAUUCAGUCCCUUCCAACAACAAGCAGUGGAUUUACAUCAACGUGAAUGCAGGCACAUACAGGGAGAAGUUGAAGAUCCCAGAAGACAAGCCUUAUAUAGUGCUGAAAGGAAUGGGAAAAGAUAAGACUUUUGUUGAGUGGGAUGACCAUGAUUCAAGUGCACAGAGUCCGACAUUCUUAACCAUGGCUAACGACAUUGUGGUUAAGACCAUUAGCUUCAGGAAUUCUUUCAAUGAUCCAAAAAAGGGGAAUCCGAUGACACCUGCAGUGGCUGCAAUGAUAAGUGGAGACAGGUCAUCUUUCUAUGGUGUUGGCUUCUACAGUUUGCAAGAUACUCUGUGGGAUUUUAAAGGAAGACACUACUUUAACUCUUGCACCAUAGAAGGUGCUAUGGAUUUCAUCUUUGGUGCUGGUCAAUCUUUAUAUGAGAGCUGUAGCAUAUCAGUUCGUGAAGCGUAUCCAGGUAAAGCAAUUAUUGGUUUCAUCACAGCGCAAGGGAGAAUGAAAGCAGACGAUGAAAAUGGUUUUGUUUUCAAGAACUGCAACAUCCAUGGAGUUGGUAAAACAUACUUGGGAAGACCAUGGAGAGCUUAUGCCAGAGUUCUUUUCUACAAAACAGUAAUGUCUUCCAUCAUUCAACCACUAGGUUGGCAGCCAUGGAAUUCCAGUGCCGAUGUAGGGGGAGUGGAAUUCUCAGAGUAUGAAAAUAUGGGUCCUGGUUCGGUUUUGUCUGGGAGAGUGAGCUGGUUGAAGAAAUUGGAUUCAACAACUCUGAUGAAAAUGACAAGUACAGAAUUCGUGGACCAUGAAGGUUGGCUCAAGACUCAUCACAUGUUAUAA